CUAUUUUGAGAAUUCUUCUUCUUCUUUGUGAUUGAGAUUACUUUUCCAUCUUUGAAUUUCAUUGGGAUUUAGCCAUUUGUUUACAAAGCAUUAUUUCUGUUUAAAAUUUUGGUUUGGUUUGGUUUGGUUAAUUGAUCAUUUUAGGGUUUAAUGGGAAAAGUCUUCUUUUUUCAACUAAUAAUUAUAACCAGUAGGAUGUUUAUUCUAUCUUAGGUUAAAUGGAGGAUUCAGAAAAAAGAAGGGAAAGAUUGAAAGCAAUGCGCUCAAUAGCUGCUGCACAGGCUGAAACUUCUAAUAACGUUGAAACUUCUGCUCCGCCAGGUUUGCUUGCUUAUCCGCUUCUUGGGACCCCUGCAACUCUGCUGGCACAGGGGGAGUCCAGUGCGAUUCCAAGGUUUGAUUUUUAUACAGACCCUUCAGCGGCAUUUUCCGCAAACCGAAAGGGUGCUGCUGGUAACCAGGCUGCACGGGGUUAUUUUACGUCUCCAAGCAAUAAUUCUUCUGUGCCUCAGUUAUCGUCUCCCCAUCCAGGUCAAAGGAACCUUGAAGUGACUCCCCCUCAUGCUUAUCAAAUGCAAAACAGCUAUCCACAUGCGAAUCAAAUGCAAAGCAAUCAUUUACCCAACCAGAGAAUGUAUCGAGGGCAAGGUCCAUAUCACAAUGCUGCUUCCUAUAGAAGCCCGAGAGGUUUUUCGUGUCCUUUUCCCAUGAAUCAAGGAGCUCCUCCUGAAAUGUGGAGUGGACCAGGUUUCCCAGCGAGCUAUUUUAGCUCUACUGUUCACGGAGGACUGUCCAGUCCAUAUCCCAUUUGUCAAGGGAAUCCUGGCUUUGGGCCAGUAGGGAGCAGCCCGUCCCCUGUUUCAGGUUAUGGAGGGAGUCCAGCUAUUUCACAGACUGGCCAGGGGCACUGGCAUAGCAGUUCAGGUUUUGGACAGAGUGGUGGAAGAGGACGAGGUUUUCAUUCUCGUGGCUUUGCACCAAAUGAAGCACAGGGGCCAGAAUGUUUUUAUGACAACUCGAUGGUUGAAGAUCCAUGGCAGCAUCUAGAACCUGUUUUGUGGAGUGGACUGGAUGAUUGGGGGAAUAAUUUGAAUGGACCUGGCUCUUCAAAUUCCUUGCUUCCAAAAUCAAUUAGCAUGAAGAAAUCAAGCGUUGCAGAGUCUUCUAACAAGUCCACUUCUGGAGUAAGCCUUGCAGAAUACCUUGCUGCCUAACUCAAUGAAGCGGCCAAUGAUGCACCUAGUGUAUGACUGCCGCUCUUGGAAUGCCACUUUGCCUGCGGUAGCAAACUUGGUACCGAGUUGCUGUUAUUCCAAACGAAAAGGGUCAAGGAACCAUUGCCAAGCCUAAGAGUCAUCUAUGAGAUCAUAGCUGGAGGAUGGCCUUAAUUCGUUUUAUACUUGGCUGGCUAUCUUUAAAUGCAGAAGGCACCACUCCAGAAAGUUUCCUGCAACCCAAUAAAAAAGAAAUUUUUAAAUUUGCUCAACUUGUUACCCAGCUGUCAGCAUACGAAACCCCAUGUAACGCCAGUAACAUAGUUCCCCGACAUCUGGUUGGCUCGCUCUACUAUAUUGGAAAUUUCUGUGACACUUGGACGAGCUUCUUUUAUGUAAAUCUUGUUAUGCGCUGACCUCCUGGGAGAGGGAGGGGCGCUGGACAUAGCUUUUUAAAGAAAGAAUUGCGACAA